AUGGCAUGCCCGCGUGUAGCCGUGCUCAGCUCGUCCUUAGUUGGGACCGUGAACCGAUUCCUGCCGAUAGUCUCCGAGUUGGUUCAGCGUAAGUGUGAGGUGCGGUAUUACAUCGCAGAUCCUGCAUUUGAGGAAGCGAUUCAGCAAACGGGCGCCGCGACGGAGCUCUUCGAUGACUUUUGUGGCUGCUGGCCGGAUCUGCUUGCUCAAGAUGCGCAGAGCUUCUUUCACUCGGAGAAAGUACCUACGUUGGUGAAGGAGUAUAUGGAGUUAGAGCGAUAUUUCUAUGCCUUACCGGCCGGAGUUUGCCUGGCGAGACGAUUGCUGCAGCGGUGGGAAGCACCGGGCGCGUGGGUCCCCUCACUCGUCAUCUAUAGUGUUGCAGACCUGCAUCCGCGUCUUGUUGCAACCAAGCUCGGAAUACCAUGUGUUGCUGUUGUCCCGUGCUUCUUGGUGGACCGCUAUCCAGCCUGCUUGUCGGAUGAGCAGCGAGGGUCUUGGCCGGGGGCCGUUGUGGAGCAUGAGAGCGUACAGGCUGCAAACGCAAUCGCACAGGAUGAGUUUGGUACUAAUUGCCUCAAGGAGUUUCUGCCAUGCAGAUACUUCAGCCGCUGCUUGAACAUUGUCGUCUCAAUUCCUCAGAUCGAACGUGAGGAAACUUUGGACCAGUCCUGGAUGAAGGAGCUUGCAUUCGUGUGGGUUGGUUUCACCGGAAAUCAGACAUACCACAUUAACGGGGUGUUUGUCAGAGAUGCCAAUAAACUGCACCGACUACCAAGUGAUGUCUCGGCAGUUGACUGCCCCUGGCGGAUGCCUUUGCCUGGUGGAGUGAAGAUUCUGGUCGUCAGCCUUGGGUCCCACAUCGUCGGGGAUGGCUGGAACGCAUUGCACAAGUCAGAGUCUGGCCCGGUCACGGGACGUGACUUCAGCCGACGAGUCUGGCGUGAGCUGGUCGAAAACUUCCGUGGCCGCAACGACGUCCGUGUGGUGAUCUCUAUCGGCCCUCAGCCUGAUGCCUGCGAAGGACUCGGCAAAAUCCCGGGCAACUUCAUCGCGCGCCGAAGUAUUGCGCAGAUGGAUGCGUUGUCCAGAGCGAGUGCAUUCAUCACGCACGGUGGCGGCAACAGUGUGAUGGAAGGCUUAGUGGCUGGCUUACCCCUGGUGCUCAUCCCUUGCAAUUCAGCUCAUCAGCAAAUGGCCAAGCUCAUCGAGAGGAGUGGUGCCGGCGUCGUGUUGUGGAAGCCCAUGGAGGCUCCAGCUGGAGCCAUCGCCCAGGCUGGACAUGCUGCAAUGUUUGGAAGCGCUGCAGCUUCGCAGCGCCUGCGCUCCGAGGAGCUCGGUGCAAAGCUGCAAGCUGCGGGCGGCUCGCCGGCGGCAGCAGAGGCGUGCUUGGAGCAACUACAGUAUCAGUGGAGCUGA